GACCCAACGAUUACAUAGGUGUCGAUAGGUCUGAUGUUGUGAAGAUCAGAUUGGGUGUUUGUCAUAUGAUGCGUACAACCCGAGUCCCAUAGAAAACGAAUUUUGGAGUCGUCUCCCAUUUCUUCAACAAAAAUUCCAUCAUCGAUGUGUUUGAGGGAGUCACUCAUGAGAUAGGACGAAAUGUGCAUUCCAUUGGAGGCAGCUGCAACCGCGGGAGCGGCUACAACUUCUUUUACAGUGCUAGUACCAUCACCGCUCUUCUUUUCCUUCUUCUUUUUCUUCUUCCCCUCAUCCUGCUUCCCCUUGCCUUUGUCAGAAGAUUGACCAGUCGGCUUGAGGUUGGGAUACUUCUUGUAGCAGGAUGCCGCAACGUGACCGGACUUGUUGCAAUGAGUGCAGCGGGUGGCAAGGGACGGAACGGUGGAAAUCUUCGAGUUCGACGUCGUGUCGAGGUUCUCGAUCUUGAUAUUCCCUAUGACGCUGUUCUUGACAUCGACUGGGUUCAGAGAAGCGAUAGGACGAUUGGCCAGAUAAGAGGUGACAAAACCUCUGCUGGAAGCGGGCAAAGCGGCGAGCAUUAGAGUUGCGAAGAGGUAGUCAGGGAUCUCGAUUCCUCCUUCCGAACACUGGCGACGACGAGUCUCCAUUUCCAUGAUUUGCUUUUCAAUGGUAUCACCACCGUGGAAGGUGGUGGUGUUCAGGAGGCGGUACUCGACGAAAGCAUCGAUGGCAUUUGGUUGGCCAUAAUCCGUCGCCAUUUUCGCAAAAACCUCACGCGCAGUGCGCUCCCGCUG